AUGUCUGCAUAUGCCGUGGCAAAGGAAACAAGCGACCUCGAUGACCCAACGAAGUCCUGCAUCUACAUCGCACCAGGUGAUGAGCUAGCUAAUAAUGAAGUAGAAGAAGACGCUCUUUCGGGCCCAUACUCUCCACACGACUGGCGAGAUCUUCCAGAUGGAUACGAACUCCGCAUGCAAGCAUACAAAGAAGCGUGGACACAAUGUUUGAGACACAUGCAGUCGAUCAUACAAGCCCUCCAUGCUCCUGUUGCGAAGGAGGUUGUCGCACAGGUCAAAUCUGCAUACAUGGAUACUCUUCCGGGCCUUCCGUAUGCGGAACUUCCAGCUAUGCUUGUGUUUGGAGGCAGCUCGGGACUGUAUUCUGACAUCAUUCAGCAGCUGGAAGUAUCCGUCGAAGUCGAGGACGACAGUGCGGCAGAUGAAGCGAAAAGCGACAUCACAGCCUCAGAUGGCGCUAUCAUGAUACACCUAUAUCCGGGCGAUUUCCCUAAUUUGACGACUGCAAUGAAGUCCAUCGUUACUGGGUUUAUAGACCAGUCCACAGGCUCAGGCCACUCUCCUUGUAUGCGUCCCAGAGAAUGGCAUGAAGCGCAGGCCGGCUGCGUCGCUUGCUACUUACGAUAUCAGCGUGCUGGAUGCCUGGUACAGAUCACUUGUUUGCACAUACCCGAGUUACCCCUGGUCUACAUCCUGGCGAUGUCAUCCCCACCUAGUCCUUCGUUCCUGCACACAACCUAUUCACGCUCGACGCUUGCGCUUCUCAAAAUACACAAGUUCAGUGCGCCCUUGAAUGUUGAGCUCAUAGACGAACUCGUGGAAAAGACAUUCUGUGAUCCCAACUAUGAGCCUGCGGUGAUGCUUGGUCCCGGCUCGCUAGGCUUUCUGGCGGACUUCGUGUCUCGUCACACGGCAUCCGUUGAUGCGACGUUGACGAUUAUCCAGCUCGCUCUCAUGAAACAUUUGGCGGAGCCCUUGACAAUCUUCAUCGAGUCCUCGACACUGGGCCUCCGGAACGAACGGCUUGCCGGACAGAAACUGGACCAGCCAGAGUCUCAACCGUUCCGGGAUGUGCUGACUUCUCGACUAGCCCGUUCCACUUCCAAUCCAGACGACAUUGACGAGGAUGCGAUCUCGCUCCUACGCUCUGUCAACGCAGCUCGCGACGGCUUCUAUCGCAAAUUGCGCACGAUGCGCAUCGGACUGUCGGUGAUGAACAUCGUGCGGCAGGCCAUCGAGACCGAAAGGGAGAACGAAAGCAGCAUGCUCGACACCCUGAUUGCCGCGCUGCGUGGGCGGGCGAAUCGGGACGUGCGACAGUUGGCGACGGCCCUCAGCAAAUGCAACGCGCAGCAACUACAGAUAGUCCUGCAAAAACUACAGGCACUGUACGACGGUCUGCAAGACUCCGACGCGCGCGAUGCUGAGAUGGAUGCUCACGUCCGUGUAAGCGAGGCCCUCACAGAGAUCGCAGAUACAGACAAUGCGUCUGUGGAUGCCGAGAAAGGACGCGAUCCACUCGUCGCUCGCCUCGCAAAGGACCUCGGCGAGUGGCUCAUCGGGUAUCUGGAGAAACAUCUCAUACGGUUGGACGACGGCCCGCUCUGGGACAUUUGGUACACAGGGUCUGCGCCCUUUCCCGCGGAGCUGAUUAACCCUGCGCCUCGCCCCGCCCUCGUCUCUGCCCUGGCGCACCCCAACGAACAUGCUGCCGCCUAUGCGCGGCUACUCCGCAUGUACAUACCACAAGAUAAGGCUGAGACGGGAUCGGCAGAUCAGGAUGUUCGAGAAGAUGAAGGCGAGGACGAGGACGGACUCCCGGACACGGCGCUCCUCUUCCGGCGGUAUGCGGAAGCGGGGCGUCUGGUGAAUGUGUACGACUGGUUCCAGUCUUUUGCGGGCGCGCUCGACGGACGCCGCCGCCGAGAGCGUAGGGCCGCUGUCACCUCUUCCGGAAAUGCGCACGCACACGGCGUCAGUGGCGCGGUGUCAAACGGAAAGGGAAAGGGCAGGGCGCGCGCCCAUAUACCGAUGGAGGUUGAUGGGGCCGACGAAGAUGCAGGCAGAUCUGAAGAGGAGGAGAGUGAACUGGGUGAGGACGAAGACGAGGAGGUGGCGGAGGCGUGGCGGAUUGAGGUACAGGUACGCUUCAUCCGCGCGCUGCACGAACUCGACUAUUUGGGCGUCGUGAAGCCAACAGGGAGGAAGGCGGACCACGUCGUGCGGACAUUGUACGACGUUAUUUACUAGUCGUACCAUACAGUGUAGGUCAGACACUGUUUAUAUCCCCGAAUUGUCAAACGUCCUUCCAU